AUGUCGUCUGAUGAUGAGGAUGUGUUUAUGUUAUAUUGGUGGCUUCGUAACAAAAAAAGGAAACUUAGGUAUUGGAUCCAUCCACUUUUAAAAGAUAAACAGCAUAGUAGCUAUAUAGUUGCAAAGGAAUUAACCACCGAUGAAGAUAAAUUCCAAAGUUUCUAUAGAAUGUCUCAAGUUGUUUUUCAUCGUUUAGUGCAGUCAGUUGGACCACAUAUAACGAAGAAAGAUACUAACUGGAGAAUGGUUUUGGAACCAGAAGAAAAACUCAUAAUAACAUUGAGGUAA